AUGAAAAUAUUUUUACUAAUUUUAACGUUAGUAAAUUCAUUAGAGAGAUACACAAGUAAAAUCGAUAUAAGAGAGAGUGAAAAUAUUAGCUGUGAAGAACUUGGUUGUGAUUAUUGCUGCUUAGCGACUAAUGUCUGUGGGAGUGAAGAAGCAUGCGAACAAAGAAAAUACCCAUUGAUGAUUAUAAAUUUAUUUUACAUAACUUCUGUGCUUUUUUGCACUGGAAUGGUACUAUGGCAUGUCUUAAAUCGAGGAAAAGGUAUAAAUACAAAAGAUUAA